AUGAACUUUGAGCAAGAUCGUAAAGCUGUCUAUGAACGAAGAAAGAAUCUCCUGUACUUGAUUCAUCAAUAUUUAGUUGAUGUUGGACUUGCAAAGACAAGUAAUGCCUUGCAGCAAGAAUCUGACUUGAGUAAGGACUACCAAGUUUGUGACAAUGUGGAUUUGGAUACGAUGUACAUGGAGUUUUGCAGUUAUUACAAGUUAAAGUUUGGUAAAAAUCCGAAAAUUGUAAAACGUGCAGACCAAGAAGUAGAAAAAGAUCAAAAAGUUGGUCGUAGAUCAACUCCAAAAGUCUCUUCGUUGACUGUUGAUAACGAAAAGUCGAAAAAUAAACGAGAUGUGACCCCAGUUCGGAGCUUAAAUGAGGCAAUGACUGUUUCCUCAAUUGGAGGUAAUGGAGAUUUUCAGGUCGUGAGUCCAAAGCAAAGCUCUAAUAACAACAAAAAAUCCAUCGCUGUUUGUUUAACAAAACCUUUGCUCAGUUGUUUCGACAAUUUUUCCGCUGAAUGGCGUGACAUGGCGGAAAUUAUCUGUCGCGAUCUCAUUCAGAAGGAUUAUGGGUACACGUGGGAUAGUGUCAGAGGUGCUGAUAACGCCAAAGCUGUUCUGUAUGAAGGUGUAAUUGUUCCUCUUGAAUACCCGGAACUCUUUUCCAUGAAUGUCAAAUCGUGGAAAAGUGUCUUGAUGCAUGGACCUCCAGGUACGGGAAAAACCAUGCUAGCGAAAGCUUUGUGCUCAGAAGUUAAAGGAAAGUUGUCGUUUUUUAACGUUGCUGCAUCGACAGUUACUUCAAAAUGGAGAGGAGAGUCGGAGAAGUUGAUAAGAGUCCUGUUUGAUGUGGCAAAGUUGUAUGCGCCAUCAAUUAUUUUUAUUGACGAAAUCGAUGGAUUGGCAUCGCAAAGAGACUCAAUAAAUGAUCAUGAGGCAACGAAGCGGUUUAAGAAUGAAUUUUUGACGUUAAUUGAUGGUGUUGGAUCAGAGGACUCGGCGGGGGUUUUCUUGUUGGCUAACACAAAUUUGCCAUGGGAUAUUGACCCCGCAUUCCUCCGUCGCUUUGAGAGAAAAAUUCUGAUAGAACUCCCAGACGCCAAGGAUCGUCUCGAGAUGUUCAAAACCAACCUUCCCGAAAUCGAAACCUGGGACGAAUACUGUUGCAAUCAAAUUGCCGACUCAACGGGAUAUUUUACAGGUGACGAAAUCCGUAUCGCCUGUAAGGAAGCCUCAAUGCAGCUGAUACGCCAAAAUAUUCAACGCUGCAAAGACAAAACUCAAAUACGAAAAGGAAUCAGAUUCGAAGAUCUCAUGACGGCAAUCGGACAAAUUCGUCCCGCUUCGAAGUAUUUGAUGCAAAAGCACAUUGAGUGGAACAAAGCUUUUGGUAAUCAACUAUAA